AUGGUAAGAAAUGAAUAUUGUAGUCAAAGAAAUUAUCAGUCUAAAGUUAGAGCAUUUUGUAUUGGUUUAUUAAAUCAAUAUGCAGAUAUUGAAGUUAAACUUGGCACAAAAAAAGCAUACCAAACAUUACCAUUUGUAAGAGUAGAUAGUAUUUACUUUUCAAAUGAAGAUAUUGUUCGUCUUCAAGCAUUAGUUAAGAUUAGGGUAGCAACUCUAGAGGCAAUAGAUCUUAGAAAGAAUGUAAAGCAAAAGACAGCUUUAUUUAGAAAGAAGAAAAAUACAAUGAUUGAGUCGAUUCAUUUAUUGAUAGAUAUUUUAAGAGAAAAAGGAUUUGAAAUAGAGUCACAUUUUUCACAAGGAAGAAAUGAGACAUUAAAAAGAGAGACAGUUAUCUCUAUUAGAAAGGGAAGUCUUUUUUGGAAUAAACAAAUGAUAGAAAUUAUAGGAGAACGUUUAUGCAUUAAUUUAGUUCAAAGAAUUGGAGGUUCUACGUUAGUGAAAGUUCCGAAAAAAGAUUCUCAAAUAAAUUUAUUGCUUUAUUCUUAG